AGUGCUGACAUUACCAUUCCCGCGCAAUCGCUUGUCGUGUAAGAACGUUUACCGCGCGUUUACAAAAUAUCAUCGCUUCCCGCGAGUGUAACGUUGAACCUAAUCAGUAUAAAUAUUAUCUACAAAAAUGGAUCACAGUCAUCAUGAUCAUGAAAUGGACCCGACUCAUGAUGGAGGAUGCGGUGGCCAUGGCCAUAUGAUGGUGUUCCAUGCUGGAGUCGUCCAAGAAAUUCUUUUCAAAGGAUGGGAGACAUCCAACGCGCUAGAGCUAUUCGGCUCAGCCGUUGCCAUUUUCUUGGCGGGCGUGCUAUAUGAAGGCUUCAAGUAUUACAGGGAAACACUGUUUGAGUCCGCUGCCAUGGCGGCAACCGCUGACUCACAAGUCAACAUCGCCAAGAACGAAAAUGGAACGAGAUCCUGUCACACCAAACGGAGCCCUAUAUAUACGAUGUUUUCAAGUGGCCACGUUUACCAGACGCUGCUGUAUUUUAUACAAGCCUGGGUGUCAUAUGUCCUCAUGUUGGUGUUCAUGACGUAUAAUGUUUGGCUGUGUCUUGCGUUGGCGCUCGGUUUGGCGGUCGGCUAUUUCCUCUUUGGUUGGCGCAAAACUACCGCCAUAGACAAUAGCGAGUGUUGCAUGUAAAUAAAUAAUGUUUUCAUUUAGGUAAAAUAUUCAUUCAAUAUGUUUAGAUUGCUUGUGAAAUGCCUUGAGGUGAGACUUUAAAAAUAAAAAACAAAACAGUUGCAAUAAAAAAGUUCAGAGCCAUAUUACGAUUAAAAUAUGUAUUGUAAUAAUUAGUAAUAGGAAUAUUUAUGUAUAAGAUCUUGCCAAUAGAAAUUAGUUUCCAACAUUCCUUGAACCAAACAUUAAAGUUGAAGGCUUACCUAUAGAUAUUUUGUAUAGUAAUCGUAAGAUACAACCGCUACUAAAAUCCUAUUUUAAGUACUUUUAUAGGAAUACUAUGCUAAAACAUCGACAGUAGCAUAUAUAGAUUUCGACAUUUCUCAUUGAAAGUGAUAAAAAAAAUUAUUAUAAUAAAAAUAUACAUCUUUAAACGAAGAUUUUUGCCUCUGUCAUUGUUAACAAAAAUUAACACAAACACCUGAUUUUACUAAUUCAAUAUAAAACAUUUAUAUUAGAUAUUGGUUUAAGGUAAUGCUUUGAUACAAAAUUGUAACACUAGUAGACUGAGGAUGUUGCCACAUAUUUAUUCCUUGUUAUUUAGCAGUAUUUACAUAAUUACCUAUAUGUCUUAUAAUCUUGUUUUAGAUUUAAAUAGAUACCGAAGUUAAUAAAUUGUUUAAGCACUUUGUGAUAUAAUGACUUUGUAGAAUUAAAAAUAUACUAAGUAUAGUUUUAUUGUUACGAAUGAUUGAAUAAAAUUUAUUUUAUGUA